GGAUUGUAUACACCUGUGUCCAUGGAGGGGAUUGGAAUACCUGAAUCACAUGAUAUGGAGGGGAUUGGAACACCUGAAUCACAUGAUUGGGAGGGGAUUGGAACACCCGAAUCACAUGAUAUGGAGGGGAUUGGAACACCCGAAUCACAUGAUAUGGAGGGGAUUGGAACACCCGAAUCACAUGAUUGGGAGGGGAUUGGAACACCUGAAUCACAUGAUAUGGAGGGGAUUGGAACACCUGAAUCACAUGAUAUGGAGGGGAUUGGAACACCCGAAUCACAUGAUUGGGAGGGGAUUGGAACACCCGAAUCACAUGAUUGGGAGGGUAUUGGAACACCUGAAUCACAUGAUAUGGAGGGGAUUGGAACACCUGAAUCACAUGAUUGGGAGGGUAUUGGAACACCUGAAUCACAUGAUAUGGAGGGGAUUGGAACACCUGAAUCACAUGAUAUGAUGGGGAUUGGAACACCCGAAUCACAUGAUUGGGAGGGGAUUGGAACACCCGAAUCACAUGAUUGGGAGGGGAUUGGAACACCUGAAUCACAUGAUAUGGAG